AUGUUGCUUAGAGUUCAUCUCCGGUUGGCGUCUAGAAAUGUCGAUGGCACUCCCUUCACCAUACCCCUCGGUCAUCCUGGGGACGCGCCCACGCCCAUCCUUCGAACGAUUUCGUCAUUACUAUCCCGUGAUCACUCCAGAGCAUUGAAUCCUCUUCUUUCAACAAUUCUGAUCCACGUUGCUGAACAUCUGACCGAUGAGGACACUGCCCGCCUGCCAUUUCUCAUGACCGACCAAAAUGAUCUGUCUCCCAUUUCACCAGACUGGCUUGUUCAUUGGAAACAACUUUUGUCUAAUGAGACACUAGUCAGUCCGGACCGUCCACAAACCCGGCGGGCCAUCAUGGACACAUUGCACUCUGUUUAUGAAGACGUCAAGGAUAUGACAAGCUACCGAAGACCUUUGGGUGAUUUGGUAUGGGAAUUUUGUGGGGGUUUGGUCGGCCAACCCGGAGGCCAGAGCGACGAUGCUGAUAUCAUGUGGAAACUCAUAGGUGAAGAAAUCGUUCUGAGGAGCGAUGAGCAGGAUGAGGAUGAUACAGAAGGAGCGGAAGCAAUAACAAAGUUUUUGCAAUUGCUGGUCUCCGUCGCGUCAGAGAGAACGCAAGAUGACGAUGAUAGCUUGGACACUGCUUCAAAUUAUACAGCAGACACUCACUCGCCUGCUACUAUAACUGCUACUGGACAAUUGUCCAAUACUCCUAGUGCGACAAGGACACAUUCGGAGUUGCCGUCGGUAAUGUCUCUUUUGUCGUCGUUAGCUGCAGGAGGCAGUACCUCGCGUUCUCAAUCAGUUCAACCUCCCACCCAGUCACAGGAAGAGGCCAAAGAUGAUUCUCAGGCUCCAUCACCAUUAGUGCCAGCUUCCAACUUGAUUCCCCGCGAUGUCUCAGCCAUAUCUGCCCUCGUCGAAAUCUUCAGUCAGCUCGUCUUUACGCCAUUCUCAUUGCAGCACAAAAAUUUGCUACUCGCUAUCCGUGUGUAUCAUAUGCUGCUCUCAGUUAUCAUUGAUGGCCAGUCUGUGCGCGCUCGCCUUACUGCCUUACAAUUCCUCAUGCACAUUCGAGCCGAUCGGGAUCAUAGUCUGUACUUUGUCAGCACCAACUACGAUCCAAACGGCUUAGUCGCGUCUCUUGGUGCACUGAUAAACCGUACAGGCUCAGAGUUACGGUCAGGAGCAGAAAGAGGGCCGGACGACGCUGCUGCAGGUCUAGAGGCGAGCGAUAUCAGACGAGCACGUGCCCGUUUCCCGCAGGAGAGAGCAGGUCGACAAAUUUCGCGUGGCCGAGGUGCUGGAAUUCCCUCUCGUUCAGAACCAAGCCGUAGCAGGUCUCGCAAUGCACCACCUCCACCCCCACCAGUCAAGCCUCUGGAGAGUCUAUGGUCAAUUCCAGAGACCAUGCCAUUCACGGUAUACGGCCCCGACUCGCCCAGUGAGGUUCUCGUAUCCUAUGAUCCAGAAGGCCCCGACAGAAUAUUGGUUCUACCCAUAUCUCAAUAUCUUCUUAUGAUUAAUGGGAUUUUGGAGAAAGAAUCGAGCUGGGAGAUUCUCUCAUAUGUUCUUUGUCAUCUUCCUGUUCAACUUGCAAAUAAACAUCUUUUCUGUGGACCGAAAUCCCGCGCAGCAAUUUCAAAAAUGCUUUCAAUCAUUUGCACCGGGAUUCUCAACGGCGAUCUUGGCUCUUAUAUCGAUCAAUGGCCGACAGGCCUGAAGAGCCGCGACGCGCAUGGGUUGGCGUACCAGACUUUAUCAGUAUUGGUCAGUUAUAGAAGGUGUUUCGAUCUACAGCAGCGGCAUCUAUUAGUUGAGGUGUUCCAAGCAGGCCUUAAUGGACAACUGGCAACAAUUAAAUGCUGUUUACAUGCCCUCUCACUCUCCGCAUUUGAGCUUCAGCCAUCCAUGACGCGUUGUCUUUCGCGCAUACUUGAGAAACUUUCUCAAAUUAUGUCCAACCCAAACAUGGCCGUGCACAUACUCGGAUUUUUGUCAAUCAUAGGUUCUCUCCCUUCCUUGUACGCCAAUUUCACAGAGAUGGACUUCAAGAUGGUGUUUGGUGUUGCCCUUCAGUAUUUACAACAUUACAAUCGACUAAACUCUUCUCCAACCAUGUCAUGGGCUUUAUCCCAGCACGUACGAGUAUUGUCGUAUUCCGCGGUUUACAUCUGGUUUUUGGCUCUUAAACUUCCUGAUCGGCCUCGACAUAUUCGUUACAUCACUCGCCAACUUCUUCUUGCCAACGAGGGCAAUAUCGAGGUGGAUGAGCCGACAGAAGUAUGCUUCGAUUGGCUUGCCCGUUACACGUACGCCAGCGCCGAUCCCCGCCCUGCCAAUUCGGUAUUCAGUGACAUCGUCCUCAACCCCUCGAAAACCACUUCUGAAAUGGAUGGAACCGAAAAGACGUGGUUGAUGGGCAACUCAUUGGUCACUAUUCGGGCAUUGCCGCGGUCAGGUUGGGUGGAAGUCCUGUCGCGUAGACCGUCUGGUUUCUCGCGGUUUGUAUGUCGUGUUGAAAAUAUUCCUAUGGUUGGGCCUGGAGACGUCGAACCAGAUUUACUCUCUAUACCCGCUGGGCUCAUCAUGGAGCGCGACCCGUCUCAUAUUAUGUCCGAGGGCGAUUCACCGGAUACAGAUGAACCGUCCAGGGAGCAAAUACGUGUUGCUGCCCUAUCUGAAACGGGUCAAUCCACCGCAAAUGUUGUACCUCAGCCUGACCCCAUUACGGGUUACGUUUGGAGUGGAACUGCACCUUCUCAGAGACGUAAACAAAUCGGCAUCGACCCUUCGUUCCUCAUCCUACAGUUGUCGCCUUUCCCAGAUGGCAAGACGGAACCAUUCGCCAAGCGAGUUACUGAUUCUACGGCGAUCGCAAAGUUUGUCUCUACCCUUGACAGGAUCCCGGUGAUUGAUACACAUAAAGUUGGGAUCAUGUAUGUUGCUCCGGGCCAGAGCGACGAGACGGAAAUCCUUCGCAACAUCCAUGGUUCCCCGGCUUACACGCGUUUCCUGGAAGGCAUCGGCAGGUUGAUCGAUUUACGUGGCCAAAAGGAUGUCUACGCUGGAGGUCUGGAUCCUGACGAGGACGGUGACUAUGCUUACGCCUGGUGGGACGACAUUGGCCAGAUUCUCUAUCACACUGCAACUAUGAUGCCUACUAAUGAACACGAUCCGAAGUGUAACAAUAAAAAACGACACAUCGGCAACGAUUAUGUCAGGAUUGUUUGGAACGAUUCUGCGUUGCCCUACCGUUUCGACACUCUAAAAACUCAAUUCCAAUUUGUCAACAUUGUCAUCGAACCCCACUCACUAGGAUCCAUUGCCGCCUUUGCAAAGGAUAGCCAUGAAAUCGAAUAUUUUAAGGUCACCAUGCAGCUGGCGCCUGGUAUGACCGAAUUUGCCCCCGUGGGCCACUUUAAACUCAUCUCCGCAGACAAUCUACCGCUGCUUGUCCGUCAACUUAGCCUACUGGCUGAUUGGUUUGCGACAAUAUUCUCACAGACCCAGAUGGACACCGUUCGCACUGAAACGAAAACCAAUUGGCACGCCCGAUUGGACGCCAUUCGGCGCUUCAAAAACCAGCAACCACCACCACAAGAGGAGGAGACACUGGCUGACUCGGUGGAUGGGGUCAUGGGCCAAGAAUCGUUACGCGAUUUUACUACUUCAUUCUAA